GAUAUCGUAGCUACGAACCUUUAACAAAGCAAAGCACAGCUUGAAGGGAGCGUGUAGCGAGCACGGGGCUUCUGGGAAACGUAGUUCCUCGGUAAAAAGUCAGUGUUUCGUCAUCAUCGGGUCAUGUAGCUAGCUGCUAGCUGCUAACAACACAUCGCAUCAGAGUCUGCCGGUGUUUGUGGUUGCAGAGAUGGAGGGGGAGAGGAGCGGAGAGGACACGGUGUCAGACUACCUGGGUCAGAACCCAGAGCUGGCCCAGUGGGUGGAAACCCUCAGGACUUACUGUGAGAGCAACAAGCAGUGGGUCGCUCGGAGGGAGUUCAUCCUGAGAAACAUGGAGGCCUUCCCCACCGUGGAGCCCGGGGUCCCCAGCAGCAGUCUGGACAGGCUGCUCUCUCUGUCCACGGUCUGGGCCAAUCACGUCUUCCUCGGCUGCAGUUAUCCACCGGCUGUGAUGGACAAGAUCAAGGAGAUGGGAGAGGGGAUUGUUGUAGAAGAUCCUCCAGUUCACAAGACGACAAAAGAUCAGUCCACGGCCAAAGGAAAGCGAAGUGAGAGCGACGCUGACGGCUGCGUGAAAAGAGCCAAAUGUGGGACUAAUGAGCUCGACGGUCGAGGCGCAGCGUGGCCGGUGAGUCAGAAAGCAGGACCUGCUCCACAUGCUCCAGCCGAGCACCAGCCCUUCUUCAACCGCCUCUACAAGGCCGUGGCGUGGAAGUUGGUAUCGGCGGGGGGCUUCGGUCCCAACCAGGACCAUUUUGAAAUCCUUCGUAGCUGUGUGGAGUCAUGUAAAGAGACCGUGACCUGCGUGUUUGUGCCGUUGAAGGACAUCGCAGGCCUCCCUGCAGCUCGCACACAGAAGGAAGGCCACGUGUGUGAAGUCCGCUGUCAGUCUGUCUACAUGGGAACAGGAUACGGGCGGGAUGAGGCCGCUGCCAAGGCCAUGGCUUCCAAAGAAGCUCUCAAAGUCUUUCAGGGACGGAAAGUGACAGUAAAGAUCUGCAGGCGGAGGUACAAAGGGAAAGAUGUGGAGGAUUUGAUGUUGUUUGACGAACAGCCUCGGAGUCAGGGCUUUCCUCCUGCUCUCAGCUACCCGUUUGAGGACGAGCAGCUGGACGAGCAGCUGGACAAGCAGCUGGACGGCACUUCUUCAUAAAGAGACAGAGAGACAGACUGACAUUCGCUGUGAUCCCAGGUGGAGAAUUAACAAGUGGCAUUUCUUUACUGAAGCAACUGAAGGAUUUCACGAUGUGUUGGGACCAGACUGUUACACAGAGUCUUAAAGUAACGGAGCAUUAACGAUCACACUUUACUGUGGUAUCAAUAUACUUUGACAAACACCAAUAAAACUUUUAAAUCCGCAAAGAAAACAACAAUCUUACACUGAACUUACUUCAUUUCAACCUCUUUCAGUUUGAUGAAGUUUUACUGACAUCAGACUGUGGAACAACGUGUGUGCCAUCCUUUAAUAGUCAAACAGACACUGGAAAAAAGCUCAACUGCCAGUUUCUCAGUUAGAAUAACGGCGGCUUGAAAUUCCACCUUAACAUCCCAGGAGAACAUGUUGCAUUACGUUGAUAUGAUUUCUGUCCCAGUGCUUCUAGAAUGACAGUACCUUGUAUAAGAAGUAGCCCGUGUACGGUAUGUAUAUAUAAAUCUAUAUUUCAUUGCAGUUCUUAUUGGUUCUGAGGAUUUCGUGUUUGCACCGACAGUGAGUUUUUUUUAAUUCUCCAAACUGUUGUUGAUAACUUCAGUUUGUUCAGAUUUCCUCCGCUCACUCAGGAACGGGGAAAAGGUCCCAUUAACAAAUAUCACUUUUUUAUUGUUUUUUACAGUUUUGACUUUCCUCCGCGGUUCAGAUUCUGGCAUCAGGAUACAAAAUAAUCCAUCUGUUGUAAAAUGAUGGACACGUCUUUAGAGUUCGUACCAGCAAAGAGGACAAACAAACUCAAAUGGAUUUUGACUGAAAGUGACAUCAUUAUUUCUUGUAGUUCCAUUAACCCUUGAAUUUCAGGGUUUUCUCUUGAAACAGGUUGAAGUUGCAUUUUUACUCUUCAUGACUCGCACUUUAUUUGCUUUAGGGCAGAACUGGACUGUGAGGACAAGAAUCCGAAGUUGAAAUAAACUGAUUGAAAGGAGUUCAGUUUUAAUCAGCUUAUUGAAAACAUGCUACACAUUCUUUAAGGUUUGUUUUAGUUUGUGCAGUUUUCAUGUUCUUCUCUAAAACGUGGCCAACUACAGUUCCCAUCAUUUUAUUUAAAUUCAUCUAUGAUUUCAAAAAGAAACCCAGACUGUUGAGAAGAGAACGAUCACAGUGGAUCCAGCGUGUACAGUUGUGAUGUGUGUGGAGAUUAAGUGCUGCUGUGAUUAGUGUUUUCUUCAUUUCCUGUCCUGGUUUUAAUGAAGUGUGAAGUAUCGACACUGUUUCUGUAUGUUUACACCAAUGCUCCUGUUUCUAUAUGUUUUUUAAAUAAACAUAAUUUAAGCAAAUGAA